GAGCUCUUUCGCAUGACCAUCUUUUUCGUCGGCACCCUGGAGAAGGUCCACCAGCGCGGCUGGCUGCAUGCGGACCUGCAGCCGAAGGAUUUGCUGGUACUGGACAAAUCUGCGGCCUGGCAGCCACUCCGGCAGACGACGGAGAGCAUGAUGCAGGAGGAGCCGAUCGGAUUGAUCUGCGGUUGGACGCACGCCAUGCGAUGGACCGCGGAUGCAGCAGAGCUGCAGCGCAGAGAGGUCUGCGCCCAGUU